AUGAUCGUACCUCGUCUUCGGAGUGAAGCCCGUGGCGGGUCAUCAUAUGCUUCAUCGACUCGUUAUAGUAGUGGUAAUUAUGGAAGUAAAGUACAUCACGGUCAACAUUCCAAUGAUCCUGAUCUUAAACGAGCUAUUCAAUACUCUUGUACAUUACAAUCUGUACGAAAAUGGGAAAAACGUUGGGUAGUCAUUCAUGAAACAUCAAUGCGUGUUCAUAAAUGGAUGCCAGCACCAACAACAGCUUCAACACUUGCUUCACAAACUGAUGUUGAUAAAACAGCUGAUCUUGCUAAUGAUAAUAUUGAAAAACAACAAGAAGAAACUCAAGUACAACAGAAACAACAAGAAUCUAUUUCUAAUGAAACACAAGAUACUCAAAUGGUAGUCGAUGAAGAAAGUACAAGUCAAUCAAGCCAAGCUUAA